UGUUUACAGCCUCCCUGUAUUUCCAUGGAAACUCUAAUUGUCAUAGCAUGCAACUGGGAAAUAACAGGCUCCGGACCCGCACGGAACGCUCUCCCGAAAUGCACCCGCGCGGCAGCCUCAGCCUCAGCGCCGGCAGAGCAGCGAGCACCGCCAGCAGCAGCCCGCCCAGAGGCGAGGGCCCCGCGCCGUGCCGCGGCCCGACCGUCCCGCAGUCCCCGCGUAAGAUGCGCGGCCGCGCAGCGCGGCUCGGAGGGAGCGGGGCGAGGCGCGCAGCCCCGGGGCUAUGAGCUGGCCGCCGCCGAAGCCCGAGGCGCAUCGUCUCUCAGGACUAUAAAAUGGAUUUAGGAUUCAAAGACUAUACCAACAGGACACCUACCAGGAACACUUCUGCUGCUACAAAGAAUUUUUCUGCCUGGGAGGACUACAAGAGCAGUGUCGAUGACAUACAGUACUUUCUUAUUGGGCUGUACACACUUAUAAGUCUGACUGGCUUUGUGGGAAACCUGCUUGUACUAACAGCUCUAACAAAACGCAAGCAGAAGACAAUAAUAAACAUUCUCAUCGGUAACCUGGCCUUUUCUGACAUCUUAGUUGUGCUGUUUUGUUCUCCUUUCACGCUGACGUCUGUCCUGCUUGACAGGUGGAUUUUUGGCACUGUCAUGUGCCGUGUAAUGCCCUUCCUCCAAUGUGCAUCUGUUCUAGUUUCAACUUUAAUGCUAAUAUCUAUUGCUGCAGUCAGGUACCGUAUGAUAAAAUAUCCCCUCUCCAGCAACUUAACAGCAAAACAUGGCUAUUUCUUAAUAGUUAUCAUUUGGGCCGUUGGCUGCACCAUUUGUUCCCCUCUUCCAGUUUUCCACAAAAUUGUGGACCUCCACAAAACCCUCAAUUUAGAGGCACUGGAGAACAGGCUCUUGUGUAUUGAGUCAUGGCCUUCUGACUCAUACAGAAUCGCCUUUACCAUAUCCUUACUGCUCAUGCAGUACAUACUCCCACUGGUGUGUUUAACUGCUAGUCACACCAGCGUCUGCAGGAGUGUAGGUUCCCGGCUGUCCAGCAAGGAGGGCAAGUUCCAAGAAAAGGAGAUGAUAAACCUCACGCUUCACCCAUCCAAGAGCGCGGGCACUGAGGCACAGCCCUCCAGCCGUGCCAGCUGGAGCUGUGCCCUGGUCCAAAAGCAUCACAGAAGGUACAGCAAAAAGACAUCAACUGUGAUGCCAGCUAUUUUAAGGCAGCAUCAGGAUGCUGAUUUCAGAGACCUCCCAGAAACCUCUGGCACAGAAAAAAGCCAGCUUUCUUCCUCUAGUAAAUUCAUCCCAGGGGUACCUAUCUGUUUUGAGAUGAAACCAGAGGAAAAUACAGAGAUACAGAACAUGAUUACGGUAUCCCAAUCCAUCAUCAGAAUUAAAACAAGAUCCAGGCGAGUGUUUUGCAGACUGACAGUGCUAAUCCUAGUUUUCGGUUUUAGUUGGAUGCCCCUUCACCUUUUCCACAUUGUGACGGAUUUUAACGCCACUCUCAUUUCUAACAGACAUUUUAAAUUAGUAUAUUGCAUAUGUCAUUUACUAGGCAUGAUGUCCUGCUGCUUGAAUCCCAUCCUCUAUGGGUUCCUUAACAACAGCAUAAAAGCUGAUUUAAUGUCCCUUAUUCCAUGUUGCCAAAUACUAUAA